UCCCUGACAGGUGGUGUUGGCGGCGGUGGUGGUGCCCUGGCGAGUCCUGCGGUGGCGGUUAGUGCAGUGAGCAGCCCCAGUCGUCUGGGCCCAGCUGCUGCUGCUGGAGGGGUGGGGGCGGCAGCGGGGGCAGUGGUAUCCUUCUCGCCCUCCACCACCACCCCAGGUGCACUAGAGCCCCUCUCCCCGCUGUCCCGCUACGGUAGCGAGGGCGCUCCCUCCGAGCCGCUCUCCGCCUGGCCCUCCAGCACCGCACUGGGGCUGGGCAGCCCCUGGACUGCACCGGGGUCCACCCCGCCGCACAGCACCGCCUCGCCAGCCAAGCGGCCCGCAGCUGACGCCGUGUCCGCUGCCUGGCUGUCUGCCGCCGCCGCCACGCCCCCCUCCGAGCGCGCGGGUGCGGGGCAGCUAGCGGAUAUCCGCCGGCAUGCACUUGGGGCGCUGCAGCAGCUGGUGGGCUGCUGGGUGAUUCUGGC